CGCCCCGCGGCCGCGCGCCGCCGGGCGGGCGCGAUGGCGAUGGAUGCCUCGGCCGGCUUCGAGGUGCCCCGCCUCAGUUCGGGGGACGAGUUCAGCGGCAUGAUGAGCGACAUCCGCCGGACGUACACGGCCUGGGCGGAGAAGGCGGAGUCCCAGCUGCGGGAGGAGGCCCUGCAGCUGGAGUCGGAGAGGCGGGCGUUCAAGGAGGAGAAGGAGCGGGUGUGGGCCGAGUUCGUGGCCCAGAAGCAGGGCGAGUACGACCGCAUCGCGCAGGACAAGCGCCGGGCGGAGGUGGAGGCGGCGAGCACCGCCAGGCAGAUCCGCCAGGAGCGCGACGACCACAGGGCCAAGCUGGGCGAUGACCGCGGCAGCAUCGACAAGGACGUGGCGCACGGGCGCAGGCGCUUCGCGCUGGAGCGAGAGAAGUUCCGCUCGGAGUACGAGGUCGCAGAGCGAGAGCGCCAGCGCAUCUCGGACCACAACGUGGCCACCGAGACCAUGGUCGACCUCAACGUCGGCGGCGUCAUCUUCGAGGCCGCCCGGCAGACGUGCACCCAGCAGCCCGGCAGCCUGCUGGAGAGGCUGCUGACGGGCCGCGCCAGCGCGCCCCGAGACCGCGACGGGCGCAUCUUCCUGGACCGCGACUCGAGCCUCUUCCGCAUGAUCCUGAACUUCCUCCGGGAGCCGGCGCAGCCCCCGCCGGCCCCCGACCCGGCGACCUCCGAGGCCCUGUGCACGGAGGC